AUGGCCGAUAACGUGUCUGCCCCGACUUCUUCGACUCUCCCGCCUCCACAAGCUUCGACGGCUGCUUCGAACCAACAGUACGAUGCAUCUCAGGGCAAUGGCCAAACCAAUCCUUCUCACAUGCCACCGCCUCCUCGCCCACCUGUGGUGAUCCCCCAGAAUACCAACCCAAUUCCGACUGCUAUUACCUCUCCGAUGUCUGGAAAUAUGGUGUCCCCGACCAGCGCUGGUGGAUAUGUGCGUCGUGCAGCCCCUGAGCCGAACAAGAGAGCCCUCUACGUUGGAGGCCUCGACCCGCGGGUGACAGAAGAUAUCCUGAAACAAAUCUUUGAGACCACUGGUCAUGUUGUCAGCGUUAAGAUUAUUCCUGACAAGAACUCACAGUUCAGCAGCAAAGGAAACAACUACGGGUUUGUCGAAUUUGAUGACCCUGGUGCGGCUGAAAGAGCCAUGCAGACUCUCAACGGGCGCCGAAUCCAUCAGUCGGAGAUUCGCGUAAACUGGGCCUACCAGUCGAACACGACCAGCAAAGAGGACACUUCCAACCACUUCCACAUUUUCGUCGGUGAUUUGAGCAACGAAGUGAACGAUGAAGUCCUGUUGCAGGCGUUCUCCGCGUUCGGGUCCGUUUCUGAGGCACGCGUGAUGUGGGACAUGAAAACCGGUCGUUCUCGUGGCUAUGGCUUUGUCGCGUUCCGCGAACGCUCAGAUGCCGACAAAGCUCUCAACUCGAUGGAUGGCGAAUGGCUUGGUUCUCGUGCUAUCCGCUGCAACUGGGCGAACCAGAAGGGUCAGCCAUCGAUUUCCCAGCAGCAAGCCAUGGCUGCCAUGGGCAUGACACCAACAACACCUUUUGGUCACCACCACUUCCCCACUCACGGCAUCCAGAGCUACGAUAUGGUGGUCCAACAAACCCCGCAGUGGCAGACCACAUGCUAUGUGGGUAACCUCACCCCUUACACCACGCAGAACGAUCUUGUCCCCCUCUUUCAAAACUUCGGUUAUGUUAUUGAGACACGCCUGCAAGCGGAUCGAGGAUUCGCCUUUAUUAAGAUGGACACCCACGAGAAUGCCGCCAUGGCCAUCUGCCAGUUGAACGGCUACAACGUCAACGGCCGCCCCUUGAAGUGCAGCUGGGGUAAGGAUCGUCCUCCUACCGGUCAGUUUGACAACUUCUCCGGCCAACAGGGCAACUCGCCCUUUAACAACAACCAAGCCCCCUAUUUCCCUCAAUACAGUGGCCCUGGGGGACCCAUGACUCCUCAAGGCCCGAACCCUGCUGGCAGAGGCUGGGACCAGCCUCAAAUGACUGGACAAGGCUACGGUCAGGUGCCAGGAAAUGCUGGUUAUGGCCGUGGACAAGCCACGCCUAACUCCGGCUGGAACCAGCCAAACAACGCCAAUUUUGGAAACGGCUUUGGGGGCUACCAAGCGUAG